CAUAUAUUUGUGUUUCCGAAUAUAUCACUCAUUAUCAAGAAGUAUAAAUUCUCAUGAAUCAUGUCUUCAAUGUUAGUCUAAUUACAAAACAGAAGAAUGCUGUCAUUCGUCGUCGUGGCAUUAGCCUGCCUCCAUAUUGGCUCUGGCCAACUAGUUGAUUUGAGAACUGGUAGUGAUUUUUCAACAGCAAUCGUUUCUGAAAUCGCUUAUAGAUACACCUCUAGAGAUCUACAACCAGUAACAGUAUCACCAUGGUUGAGUUUAUCCGCAACCGACAGUAACUCUAGGUGUGAUUUUUCCAAUACAGUCAUUAGAGGCCUCAGACAAAAAACUGAAAGUGAUUUCAAGACUCUGUUCGAGAAUCACGUUCAUACCUUCCAAGGAACUUACACUUUCCCAUCAGUUACAAUUCAAGGUAAUAUAAUGUGUACAUUGUCCGGCACAACAUACACCGGCGAUUUUGAGGUUAAGCAGACAAAUAUUCAGUGGCCCAUUACUGUUACCGUCGAUAUACACAAGUUCAACCUAGGACUUAAUUGGGAAACCUUCGCUGCAAGCGCAGAUAGCGUAAACACUGUCACAGUAAACUCUGACGUUAUGUCCACCCCCAUGGGAGCAGACAUUGAAGCCGAAAUGCAACAUGUAGUGGUUGAAACACUCAAUGCUCUUGUGCAUACACCUCAAGAGAAUUUCAACAACGCCAAACGUGAUGCAAGUCAAUGUCAGCAUGUUCUCUAAGGCCAACCCUGUCAAAAUAUAUUUUUAGUAUAACACAGCGAUACGACAAAAGGCAAUGAUUCUACAUCGAAUUAUUAGAUAUGUGUGAUUUUAGUAAUAAUGUAAUUUUAAUAUGUGCAAAUUUAGCCUGUAAUAAAUUAUUUCCAUGGCAGUA